AUGGUCGAGCUCCGCAAACGGCCCGCCCGCGACCCGGCCCCCGCGCCCCCUCCAGCCAAGCGUUCCUCCAGCAAGUCCGCCAGCACCUCCAAGGUCAAGCAGGCCGUCGACAAGGCCAAGGCCGCCAUCUCUGGCUCCCCCUCUGAAGAGGCUAAAGCUUCUGACCACGGCGCUGGCGAGAUGCCCGUCGCGACUGAGACGGGCGUGCUGCCCGAGACGACCGGCACUGCCGGCGAUCAGGACGCGGCCGCCGCUCCGGUCACGAACGCGGUCGCCACCACGGAAGCUACUGCUGCUGGUACCGCGGGCGGAGCGACGGCGGCGUCAGGCACGACGACGUCGACAUCGACGAAGUUGAGCCGCGACGCGGUGGGCAGCAAGGUAAACUUGGCCGGGUUCGGCGGCACGGUCACCACGCACGAGGGCCGCGAGGUCACGGUGCAGCAGCUGCUGCAGGAGGUGGCGCAGAGUCCCGUGGGAGGCGCGGAUGGCCGUGGGAAGGGGUUGGUGCUCUUCACGUACCCGAAAGCGUCUACCCCGGGGUGUACGACGCAGGCGUGCCUCUUCAGGGACAACUACAGGCCUAUCACGCAGGCCGGGUUUGCGAUCUAUGGCCUCAGCACGGACAGCCCCAAGGCGAAUACGAAUUUUGUGGCGAAGCAGGGACUGCAGUAUCCUUUGUUGUGUGAUCCGAAUGCGAGUCUGACGACGGCGAUUGGCAUGAAGAAGCCGGGCGCGGGGAAGGGGACGACGAGGGGGGUGGUGAUCUUGGGAGUGGAUGGUGGUGUCAAGUUGUGGGAGCAGGCUGGCCCGCAACGCACUCUGGAUGUUGUCCUGGAAUACGUUAAGCAGGAGGGCGCUUAG